UCCUUUCGCUUUCGUUUCCGCCGCUUCUCUUUCCUUUCCUGCCGGCGUCUCUUCGCCUCUAGCCACUCCAGUCUACCUCCCUCGAACCCAACACAUCUCUACAUCUCCUCGCCUUCUCCCACUCCCUGUUUUGGCUGUGACCCGAGCUAUUAACCUCUUUUGCUCGGAGCAUGGACGACGACGACUGCGAUUCGACUUGGGAAGAGGAAGAAGAGGAAGAAGAUCAGGAAAAAGAGAAGGAUGAGAGGAAAACCAGAGAGGAAGCGAAGCCGAGGCAACAGCAGCGCGGGAACCAAGCUUUCCAGCCCAGAUGGGACUCUCUCCUUUUCAGACUCUGCCAAUAUGUGUGGCAAUACUACAGCUUUUGGACUUCUUGGGUCAGUUUGUCCUUGAGUUGGGGUUAUCUCAAUCAACAAUUGCAGAUAAAUUUUAAUCAACUAAAGAACCGUAUGAUAGGAGGUCGAAACUGGAGAGCCGUCCAGGACAUGCAGAGAUACAGGCGUCGAUACCCAGGUUUGACAGAUAACGAGUCCAAUGAUGAAAUGCUGAAUUUGAAGUUUUAUAAAAACGAAAUUGCUUUCUUGCCAAAUGGCUAUUUUAUUGAGGACAUCCUGAAGAACUGGAAGGAGGACUAUGACAUCCUGGAGGACAACCACUCUUACAUACAGUGGUUGUUCCCUUUGCGAGAGAGGGGAGUGAAUUGGCACGCGAAGCCCCUGACACUCAGAGAAAUCCAGGAAUUUAAAAAAUCUGCAGAGGUCAUGAGAAGAUUCGUCCAAGCAUAUGAACUCAUUCUGGGCUUCUAUGGAAUUGAACUGGAAAAUCACAAAACUGGGAAAGUGAGAAAGGCUGACAACUACCAGGAGAGAUUUCAGAACCUCAACUCGCACAGUCACAACAACCUUCGCAUCACUCGAAUCCUGAAGUGUCUGGGCGAGAUGGGCUAUGAACAUUACCAGGUGCCCCUGAUCCGUUUCUUUCUGGAAGAGAUCCUUGUUAAUCGUUGCUUGCCGAGUGUCAAGCAGAGUGCCUUGGAUUACUUUAUGUUCACAGUCCGGAACAAGAAGGAGCGCAGAAAACUUGUCUACUAUGCCUGGAAGAAUUUUAAUCCCCAGUAUAAAUUUGUCUGGGGGCCACAUGAGAAGCUUCAGAGAUUCGAAUCAGGACAGCAGGACUGUCUUGAAGAAGAGGGUUCAGGUGUAUCCCAAAAUGAUGUUGGAAUAGAGAAAGACCAAGUUAGGACUCAGGUGAGAGAAGAGAUUGUAGGGGAUGGCGUUACCUCUAAAGACAAGCAGAUGGGCAAGAAGAACCCCAGUGCCAGGCUGCAGAGUUGUGAGAUGAAAAAGGGAGAAAGGUUGAAUUCAUCUGACCAGAAGGAGGAGAAGGUUGCAACCAAGAAUGCUGGAGACCAAGCACCAAGGCCUCAGAGUCCAAAGGAAAGUAAGAAAAGGAAAUAUGAGGUGAACAGACUUGAGUUCAGGCAAGAGGAGCAAGGCCAAGGCACCUCUGAUGUGGAGAAGAUUGCCCAUAACCUGGAAGAGUGUGCCCUUGGCCAGAGCGAGCUGAGGACCUCUAGAGGAUCUAAGGAAAUGGGGAGCCUGGACUUGCCAAGGGAGAGGGGACCAUCUAGUCCUGAGUCCAUGGAGAUUAAAAUGUAUGAUGAGGUGAAUAAGAGGAGGAGGAUUGAAUCGAAAGCACCAAAAAACCAUAUAGAGACAGCAAAGAAUGUGGAACAAACCCCAAUCUGCUUCCCAAUACCCAAUGGUAUUCCCCAUGAAGCCGAGAAAACAGAGGACAAGAGCAACAUUAGGUGGGAAGCCAAAAGCCUACAAGCAAAGACUGUAAAACAUGAUAAUAUACCUGUAGCUUCAUCUGGAAAUCCCUCGGGUGACCCCUCCAGCAUCAAUACAUCUCCUGAGCAGUCAGACCUGCAAGAAUAUGUUCACAUUGAAAAAAGAAGUGUUGAUACAAAUCCUGAACUCAAGAGACCUGAUCCCGGAGAGGCAGCAGGUGCUGAAUGUUCAGAUGGAGAAGUCCCACAAAAGGCAGGAGAUGAAACCACAGUUGAAAGGCCUUAUUCUGAGUAAACAGUGAGUCACUGAAUCACAGAUAGGCAAGGAAGGAAUUCAGGACCCUGAUCCUAUGGGAUGGGAUUCUGCAAGAUUCUGAGGUUCUCAGCACCUUUUAAAGGUAUUCUUCCAUGGACAUCUUUUGGACAAAUUGGUUGAGAUCCCUCAGCUUAUGAGUUUUUAACCUGUAAUGGUACCUGAAGUUCAAGGUAGAAGGAAGACAGAUGUCAUGGAACUCCUUUGUUCGUUCUGCCAUAGAGUCCUUCCCUGGCUGCCUCUCUUUGCCUGAUCACAUUUACAAUGAGCUGUGGGGAAACUAAGAAAACAAAUGAUGGGUACCAUUCUGGAAGAAAUACUGAUAGAUUUUGAUAGGAGUAAUUUAAGACUUUGAAAUGCAGGUGAUCAUUUUGAUAAGGGGGAGGAGGGUGUGUAUACAUCAUUUUAAUUCACAUCCUGUAACAAUAUCCCCACUUCCUUUUUAUCCAGGGGAUGGUAAGUGUGAAUUUCUUAGCCCCUUGUCAAGGCAUUUUUUUCUGAAUAAAGUCAUCACUUUGAACUUUUGUUGAGGAUAAAAGGCCUAGCUAGAUAAGUAGCUGGCUCCUCUCUUUCCUUAUGAAGGAAUUUUCAUUGGACUUUUUUUUUCCUCUUGACUUUUUACUAAAAGUGACUUCUUCCCAUCGCAGUGACUUGCCUUACCCAAGUUGGAAAUCUAGUCCUCAGCCUGGUUAGCCUGAGGAGGAGGGAAGAAGAAGCUGUGGGAAGACCUAGACGAUAGUGUCCCAUGCAGACACUUGGCGCUGCUCUUUGUUUCUUCCCUGUUGGCUGCAGAACUUUAUGAGGCAUCUGCUUUUCCACUUUUCUCAGUGGCUCAGGAUUCUUUCUUGAGUUCUUUUGUUUCAUUUUAUUUUAAGACCCAGAAUAGGUCAUCUGUCCCUUGCAAGUCUUCAUAGUAAAGACAAGCUCCUUGUCUGUCCUUUGUACUCCUAUUUCCCCAAGUAGGGUUAGGCACAUCACUAAGGAAUUCUGAGAUACUCCCUUGACUUUCGGUCACAGCUUGAACCUCUCUGCAUGUUCUUUUUUUGAUGCCUAUUAGAUUUCCGUGUAUGUACAUUUACAGAUCCUCCUUUGCCAUGUGUAGGUGGAAAUAUUUACAACAGUGCUAUCAUCCAUUGCUUUGCAUUCUUUUCCAGCCCCCUGUAAAUUAUGUAGAGCCUUCUUCUUACCCGUAUGGAAUCAGCCAAUCAAGUGGAGAAAGCAGGGUUGUUUUUUUUUUUCCCUCUUUCUUCUGGUUUAGCAUGGUUAGGGAGAGGGUCUGUAUGAUAUGUGCACUUCUUCCCCACUCUCUUCUAUACCUUAAUGAACAAGAUAUCCCUCCUUGAAGGGAAGGGAAAGGAAAAGGAGUGAAGUGGUCACUUCCCAAUCUGGGAUUUUGAGAGACCCAGCUUGAUUUUGCUUCCAGUUUAACAUGAAGAGUUAGAGUCUCUGCUCAGGUCUGUGCUCACCAAGUUGCUCCACGACAAUAUGUAAUUUUUCACCUACCUCACAGGGUUGACAUGAAGAAAAGGGAAAGAAAGAAAGGUCCCUCAGGAGUCUUCAUCGACUCAGCCUUGCAAGCACGUGGCUCAUUAGUGCAAUGAGUUCUUUACCUCUAAUAGCAGUUAGAGGAGUGUCACCAUCUUGCAGUGGGGCCAGGGACUUUGGAGCCUGUGAUGUAAUAUUUUCUCUUCCUUGCUAAUGUUUGGUGCAAUGAAGCUUUCUGUAUUGGGGAGCUCAUGAUAUGCACUGGGUUUUGGCUUCCAAAAAUGACUAGAACUGUUCUUUCCAUUCUGAUAUUUCUGUCCCUCUCUUAUCUCACUUUCUGGCCUCUCUUUCUCUCUCUUCCACUCACAGUGACAAGAUUGUGCAUUUUCCAUAGCAGCUGGAAGGAGAAGCCACCAACCCUGGCCAAGGUUUCUGUCUCAGUGCUCUCCUGGGAUGCCUAUCCCCUGGUUCUCAUUUUCAGUGAUGAGUAUCCCCAGGGCAAACUUGCUCAGUCUAGUUCAGUGACUAGUUGAGCAAAAGAAAUCUCAGAGAGUCAGAAGCUGGAUGUUGUGGGUUUUCUUUGUUUGUUUGCAAAGGGGCUAUUAAAGUAGAAUUAAGAUUAUUUUCCCAUAGCAGGUGUUUGAAACUGGUUCAUUAUUUUUUUCCUCUUCAAAGUUAAUGACUGUGAAAAUGGACUGUGUUUUAAUAAAAGUGUGAUGAUUGCCA